AUGGCCCUCAUGGGGGGCAGCAGAGUGGGAGGUGCUGAUCUCCUCUCUCUGGUGAGCAUCGAGAGGACACGAGGAAAUGGAAUGGAGCUGCGCCAGGGGAAGUUCAGGUUGGACAUCAGGAAAAAGUUCUUCACUGAGAGGGUGGUCGGUCCCUGGAGGAGACUCCCCAGGGAAGUGGUCAUGGCACCAAAUACCUUCUUAAAAAAGGGCUCUGCUACUCUGGACAAAUUAAAGGACCUCUGUAACGAAGGGAAAGAACAUCCUUCUGUGCUUUUGCAGCUCUAUGCGCAGGCUGUCUUAGACAUCACAUAUUUUGAAGAAAACCAGCUUGUGGAUGAAGAUUUUCCAGAAGAAUCUUCCCUGCAAAAAGUUCAAGAACUUACUUGCAUUCUUUCAGAACCAGAACGCCUAGUGAGGGAAUGCAACAUAAAUGAAAAACCGAUCAACAUCCUUGGUGCAGAGUUGUUAGAGUGCCUUUACUGGAGAAAAGGAGCCCUGCUUUACAUGUAUUGUCAUACAGCAAAAGAAAGGAGAGAAUGGCUACGAGGAAAUGUUGCCAUAUUUAAAAAGUUUCUUAAUGAUGGAGUUCAUUACUUGAUGAAGAUGCUUAGCUUGAGAUGCCCUCUUCAGCUAAAUGAAGAUGUCUCAUUUCAAGAUAAAGACACAGCUAGAUUACUCAGUGAAGGUAUAUUUAGUGACACUCACUUACUGGCAAUGAUGUACAGUGGAGAAAUGUGCUACUGGGGACUACAACACUGUGGAGAAGGGAAGCAAGAAAUCCUUGGGACAACAAAUUCUGUGUCUAACAGUGACCUGGGCUGCGGAUCACAGAGUGUGUCGCUGGAUUUCAGAGAAACGGGCAAAAACAUGUUAACAAAGUAUGUGGCUGUAUGUGAGGGACCUUUAAAUGGCCAAGGGUGGAACACAACAACUGCAAAACAAAUGUUGUGUUACUUCGUGAAAUCCCCCAGCUAA